AUGGCUGUCACUUUGAAAAAUAUCAAAUUCUACAAUCCCCAUUCUCUCCCUACACGGCCUUCAAAACGCACGUCUCCCAAUCACAAUCACACUUCAAUCCCUCGUCCUACAUCAAAGAGCACUGAUCCUACUCCGAACCAUUCAACAGUCCCCUUCUCUCCGUUCUCACAACCAGCAUUACCUCACCCCUUACCUCCCCGACCACCAGCAAUCUUUCCCCCCAGUCAUCACACAGCAUCUGCGACUCCCUAUGUACCCUCUAGCAUAUCGCAUACACCUGAUCCUCACCCAGUGUACAAGAAUGAUUUCGAUCAAGCGUUGGAUGAGUUCUUGUGUGCUAAAAAUGGCGAGAAAGAGGAUGGGAAUUCCUCCAGUCUUCUUCCUACACAAGAUCAUGGAAAUGGGAAUCAUUCUCAUACCGCUUUGCCUGAUCCAGAGAUCUUGGCCCAAACUACAGCCAGCUUGCAAUCAUCCAGCUGGUCUCUGCCAAAACCCGUGGAAUCGCCAGCAGAAGCGAAGCCUACGCAUCCAAAGCCACGUGAUGAGUCGCAGCCACGGGAACAGCCCAACGAUCUCACUUGCACAAUCUCUAUAGAGACAUCGCCAACAUUCUGUAUCUCUGAACCGCAUACAUCGGCGCCUCACGAACCCAACCAUGAUUUGAUGCAUACGACUAUACAAGCCUCCGCACGGGAUUCAUUCGUACCCAAUCACGAACACUCGGAGACUUCUGGAACAAGUUCAGUCCUAAUUCAUAGCCCCGAAUUUGGCGGAGCCACCUUAGGAAAUGAAAGUAUGGACUCUUAG